AUGAUUUUGCAGGGUUCUCAAGCUAAAAAUGCCUUCUCACAAUACUGGGAAGAGCAUAUCGGUAUUCCACACUCUCCACAUUGGUUAGCUGCAAAGGCUUCUCCAUUGAGUUCCCAUCAAGUGAUAGUUUAUAUGAAACUUAUGGAGAACAAUGAAUUGCCUUCCCACCUACCUUCAUUUUGUAAGCAAGCUAAUAUUGCUUGUUCUACAAAUGCACUGAUGAAGAAGACAACAGAAUUCACAAGCCUACCGCCAAUAGCACAAUGGAAUGAUAUCAAGUUGAAGUAUGAACUUGUUCCAAGUGCAGUACCCCUGUCAGUUGCCAGCCAAGGAGGAUUACCAUAUUUUCGAGAAUCAAUGGUGAAAGAGGGAGGUUUUAUUCCUAUCCCUGAUCUAAGGGACCCAAUGUCAUAUAAAUCAUUCUUGCCGCGAUCUCUAGCAUCAAAAAUCCCAAUUUCCUUUGCCCAUAUUGAAGAUUUGAAGAAUCUUUUUGGUGUGGUGGAUGAAUCAAACAUGGAUGAAUAUAUUCAGGAAACAGUCGAUAUAUGUGAUGAAAAAAGCUCAAUUCUAGGUGUGCAAAGCAGUUGUGUGACUUCCGCUGAGGAUCUCAUCGACUUUGUUGUCAAGAAAUUAGGCCAUCACGUUCAUGGAUGGAGUACUGAGAAUGUUGAAGGAUCUUAUGAGAAUGUCACAAUUGGAGUUGUGAAACUCAUCUAUGAAAACCUUUCUGAACCACCAGCCUUAUGUCAUAGUUUACCCUUUCCAUUUCAAGUCUAUUAUUGCCAUGUUUUACAGGAAGUAAAACUAUAUGCAGUUGAGUUACAUGCUCAAAGGAAAGUAAAUCAUGCGAUCAUGGCAUGCCAUUAUGACACAUCAACUUGGAAUCCAAACCAUCUUGCUUUUAAGCUGUUGGGUUUUGGUCCAGGCCUAAUUGAAGUCUGCCACUGGAUAAAUGAGAAUGGAGUAGUUUGGACAAAAACUCUAGGCUGA